AUGAUGACUCCGGACUAUUCACCCGGCGAGGAUCAUGUCGCUUUCACUGAAUGGUCGCUUGCUCAAGGUGUGAUUGCCAAUGGCGUUGCCCCGGCACGUUUUCCAGGGCGUGGCUUGGGAAUGAUAGCCACUCAAAAGAUUAAGAAAGGAGAUGCUGUGGUUCAAGUCCCGACCAGUAUAAUUUUCACAGUUGAUGAUGUGCCUUUUGACUUCAAGGCCCAGUUUUCAGAAGGCACGGCCGUACAAACCAUCAUGGCUGCAUUUUUAACUCUGGGCAGCGACGAAGAGCUGGAGAAAUAUCAACUCUGGUUCAAAGCCUGGCCUUCCCGCAAAGACUUCGAAGACAGUUUGCCCUUGCUUUGGCCCAUGGAACUAGGUGGUCUAAUCUGGCCUGAUACUAUCGCCCCAGAAGGCGCAACGGACGGCGCCUGCAAUACAACCAAUCUACUUCCGCCUUGCAUCUCUGGGCUAUGGAACUCUAUUGAGCGACUGCCAAGAAUCAAAAAAUAUGAAACCGAACACCAGGAUCUAGAAUCUGCGCAGGGAGAGAGAUUGCGCAAAGCCUGGGCGGACACCAUCGCCGCCUUUCCCGAGGCUGACUGGACAAGUUUCUCCUACUAUUGGCUUAUUCUUAACACCAGAAGCUUCUAUUGGGUUGGAGCUGGUCAAGAUCCGCCGGAAAAUCGAAAUGAUGCCAUGGCUUUGUUGCCAUUUGCGGACUAUUUUAACCAUUCGAAUGUUGAGUGCGAUGUGAAAUUCGAUGAAAACGAAUAUACCCUUCGCGCCACAGACGAUUACGACAAGGGCGAUGAGGUUUACAUGAGCUAUGGCAGUCAUCCGAAUGAUUUCCUCCUAGCCGAAUAUGGCUUUUUCCUCGAGAAGAAUGACUCAGACUGUAUCUACCUCGACGAGAUUGUCCUCGGUGAUUUGGACAACCACGAAAAACAUGAAGAACUGUGGCUCAAUCAAUAUUACGGUGAAUAUCGAGUCACUCGGCAGGGUGUUUGUUACCGGACAGAAGUAGCGGCGUGUCUAAAGUACAUGAAUUACAAAGAUUGGACGAACCAUAUCCUCAAGGGUUCGACAAAGGGUCUGGAUGAAAAGAAGUCGGAGGAUAUUAUCAAGGGCUGGCUGGGCGCAUAUGUUUCAGAGGCGAAUAUAACGAUGACUGCGAUACGGGGCGCUCUUGAAUCAAACGCCGUGGUUCAGUCGCAUCAUGAAAAGGCAGAAGUUCUCUUGCGUCGAUGGGCACAGAUCAAAGAUAUCUGCGAAUGUGCGUCCAAAGCCGUCUCACUGUAG